GGCUUAUGAGUAGCAGAGUUAACUCUUUUUAACUUUCCCCAAGCAGCUUCAGUUUCUUCUCUUUCGUAGUCUAAAAUGGGAGGAGACGCGACGAAUUGGAACGAAGAUGGUUACAGGAACAGCAUUUUGCAGGAUAGAGAACUCCAAUUUCGAACUAUAUUCAGAAAUGUAUUCGCUCCAUCUCAAAACCCUAGCCCAGAGAUAAUCGUCGUUGCUUCAAGCAACGGAUCCAUUGCUCCCUACUCGAUCUCUUCCUGCAUCUCUUCACACUCAUUAAAUGUUGGUAGGACAAGGAAUCAGCAGCCUUUGCCUGGCUAUUUAGUGGCUGAACCUCUUUGCUCCGUUCAAGGACACGAUGGACCAGCUUAUGAUGUCAAAUUUUAUGGUGAUGGGGAAGAUUCUUUAUUAUUAAGUUGUGGAGAUGAUGGUCGGAUUCGGGGGUGGAAGUGGAUGGAAUUACUAAAUCCAGAGAUGCCUAUUCCUACACAAGGAAAUAAUUUGGAGCCAUUACUUGACUUGGUAAAUCCUCAACAUAAAGGUCCUUGGGGUGCUCUUUCUCCAGUUCCCGAAAACAAUGCAAUUGCUGUCAAUAGCCAGGAGGGAUCCAUUUAUUCAGCCGCUGGUGAUUCAUGUGCCUAUUGCUGGGAUGUGGAAAAAGGAAAAGUCAAAAUGGUUUUCAGGGGGCACUCUGACUACUUGCAUUGCAUUUCUGCACGUAACUCAAGCAAUCAGAUACUAACUGGUUCAGAGGAUGGGACAGCACGGAUAUGGGACUGCAAAAGUGGAAAAUGUAUCCAAGUGAUACGUCCACAAAAGGAUAAGAAGUUCAAGGAAGGCUGCUCAUGGGUUAGUUGUGUUGCUCUUGAUGCAAGUGAAAGCUGGUUGGUUUGUGGUGGUGGGAGUUGUUUAUCUGUCUGGAAUCUUCAUGCUUGUGAGUUCAUUUCAAGGAUUGCCACUUGUUCCCCUACUCAAGACAUAUUAUUUGAUGAUAAUCAAAUUUUAGCAGUUGGUGCAGAACCUGUUCUCAGUCGUUUGAACAUUGACGGGUUGCUUCUCUCACAGAUACAAUGUGCUCCUCCGUCAGCGUUCUCUGUCUCGUUGCAUCCAUCUGGUGUUUUGGCAGUUGGAGGGUACGGAGGACUAGUUGACGUCAUCUCACAGUUUGGGAGCCAUUUGUGCACAUUCCGAUGCAGAGGUGUAUUCAUGGCGGCAGUGCCACCAGAAGGAUCCCAAUUUGAUGCUAGACAAUACGAUGCUAAAAUGACUGAAUUACUUGGAACUGAUGGGCAGGAUUUCUUUACAUCAUAUGAUGAAGUAUAUGACAGUUUUGAUUCUAUGGGCUUGCAAGAGAAUCUUCUCAGGGGCAUCUAUGCAUACGGGUUUGAAAAGCCCUCUGCUAUUCAACAAAGGGGGAUUGUGCCAUUCUGCAAAGGUCUUGAUGUUAUUCAGCAGGCACAGUCUGGAACGGGAAAAACAGCAACUUUCUGCUCUGGAAUUCUGCAACAGCUUGAUUAUGGUUUAGUGGAAUGUCAGGCCCUGGUGCUUGCACCCACCAGGGAGCUUGCGCAACAAAUUGAGAAGGUUAUGCGUGCACUUGGUGACUAUCUUGGUGUGAAAGUUCAUGCUUGUGUUGGUGGAACUAGCGUCCGUGAGGAUCAGCGCAUUCUCUCAAGUGGAGUGCAUGUUGUAGUUGGCACCCCAGGUCGUGUCUUUGACAUGUUACGGAGGCAAUCUCUUCGCCCUGAUUACAUUAAAAUGUUUGUUCUUGAUGAGGCUGAUGAAAUGCUUUCACGAGGUUUCAAGGAUCAGAUCUAUGAUAUUUUCCAGCUAUUGCCAUCUAAGGUUCAGGUAGGUGUUUUUUCUGCCACAAUGCCUCCGGAAGCCCUUGAGAUCACAAGGAAAUUCAUGAACAAGCCUGUGAGGAUUCUGGUUAAGCGUGAUGAACUUACCCUUGAGGGUAUCAAGCAGUUCCAUGUCAAUGUUGAGAAGGAGGAUUGGAAGCUUGAGACUCUUUGUGAUCUUUAUGAGACUCUGGCCAUCACACAGAGUGUUAUCUUUGUCAAUACACGACGCAAGGUUGACUGGUUGACAGACAAGAUGCGUAGCCGUGACCAUACUGUAUCUGCAACUCAUGGAGAUAUGGACCAGAACACCAGGGACAUCAUCAUGCGAGAAUUCAGAUCUGGUUCCUCCCGAGUGCUCAUUACCACAGAUCUUCUGGCACGUGGUAUUGAUGUCCAGCAAGUAUCCCUUGUCAUAAACUAUGACCUUCCCACACAGCCUGAGAAUUAUCUCCACCGUAUUGGACGUAGUGGAAGGUUUGGGAGGAAAGGUGUUGCUAUCAAUUUUGUGACGCGGGAUGAUGAUAGGAUGCUGUUCGACAUCCAGAAGUUCUAUAAUGUGGUCAUUGAGGAACUGCCUUCAAAUGUUGCAGACCUUCUCUGAGUUUUUAUUUGUUUUUGUCAAGGUAAUCUGCUAUCAAUUUCGUGGGAACUAUUUAAUAUGUUUGUAGUGGGUCUAGUUUCUUUAUUUAGUGUUAUUGAACCUUGUCUGAGUUAUAUGGAUCCUGCAUAUUUGCAAUGGUGGAAUCCAUAAUUUCCCAUUUUGGGAUGUUUUGGUGUUCGUCCGUUUCAAAUUUUGUUGCGGGCUGGGUUUUGUAUCUUACCGAGUCUUUUAUUACCUAAAGAUGAUUAGUUUGGAUUGGUUCUCUUUU